GCCGGGUUGGAGUUUUGGCGGGUCCCGGUGAAGCGCGGGCAUGGCGAGAAUAUUUUUCCUUGAGGACUGCUGAAGAAAUCCUGGUGAAAUCAUGGAUGCUGAUGAUGACUUGGAUCUAUUGGCCUCCCUCCUGGAAGAAAGUGAGGCAACUGAGGAGAGGAAUUCUCCUGAGGAGGAAGAUGCUCCAGAGGAUGAGGGAGGAGAACCAGAUGAAUAUGAUGAGCUCUUUGAUGCAGAAGACGAUGCGUCCUACACGGAGGAGGUGGAUGCUGAGGACAGCCUGAUUGAUGAGCAGAAGGAGAACCUGGCUAUGCUGUUUGGAGAUGUAGAUGACCUGCUGGAAGAGGAGGAGGCAGCAGAGGAAACUGCCUCCACUUCAGCUCACAGUCAGGCAAAAGAGAAAACCAACGAAGAACUACAAGCUGAGCUGAGAAAAUUGCAAGAACAGAUGAAGACGUUACAGGAGCAGUUGCAAAACGCUACUAUUGGGCAGCAAUCCAGUUCAGGCCCUGAGAAGAAAACCCCUGGUAAAUCUCCCUGUUCACCCUUAAAGGAAAGGAAUGUUCAGAAGCUGCAAGAGUCACCGUGUUUCUCAGCCCAGCUGGGCAAUCCUUUACCUCCAGCCAAGCGAGGAAACCAGAAAUCAAAAGCAUCCUCAGCAGAGAAUAAGGCUCCUCCUCCACGGCAAGUCCUCAGUCUGGCAUUCCAGCCUCUCCAAUCUGCUGCGGGGAACGCACCCAGUAAGGUGACCAGAGAGAAGACUCCUCACACACCUACAUGCUCCAGUGCAACAACUCAGCCAGUGUCUGUGGAAACCUUCUCAGGACUGAGGUUAAGAAAACCCCGGGUGUCUUCAGCUGAAAUGGACAGGAAAAUGGCUAACAGGAAGCUCAUCCGACUGUCCCAGCUGAAGAGCAAACUUGCUGUAGAAAACCUGGAGGAAAUAGACUGGGUAACGUUUGGAGUCAUAGUGAAGAAGGUCACUCCUCAGAGCACAAAUAACGGCAGAACCUUCAGUAUCUGGCGGCUGAACGACCUACGGGAUCUCAAUCAGUGUGUCUCACUCUUCUUGUUUGGUGAUGUCCACAAAGAGCACUGGAAGACAGACCAAGGCACAGUCAUCGGGCUGCUUAAUGCCAAUCCUAUGAAGCCUAAAGAAGGCUCAGAUGAGGUGUGUUUGUCUGUUGACCAUCCACAGAAGAUCCUUCUCAUGGGUGAAGCUCUGGACAUGGGCACCUGCAAAGCCAGGAAGAAGAAUGGUGAUCCCUGUGCACAGAUUGUGAACCUGAAUGACUGUGAAUAUUGCCAGUAUCACAUCCAAUCCCAGUACAAGAAGCUCAGCUCCAAGCGGGCAGAUCUUCAGUCCACCUUCUCUGGUGGCCGCAUUCCCAAAAAGGUUGGCCGGAGGAAUCCCACUUUGAAGGAGAGGCUCUGUCAGGAUGGGUUUUACUACGGAGGAGUCUCUUCAACAGCAUAUGCAGCCUCAGUUGCAGCAGCUGCAGUGCCCAAAAGGAAGAUUCAAACCACUCUCUCCAAUCUGGUCGUGAGAGGAGUUGAUGCAAUUGUCCAGGAAACCAAGCAGAAAAUUGGUGCAGGAAAGAGACCCAUGCAGUGUUCAGAGGAAUUCAAGGAACUACUGGCACAGCCAACUUUUGGAGCACGAAACCUCUGCAAGCACUGGACCAAAGCAGAUGUUCAGAAGAAGCAAGAGCCCAAUAUCCAGCCUGUCUCUGCUUCUGCACUGCUCAAGCAACAGAAACAGAAGUUGCUGGAGGCCAGAAGGAAGCGAUCUGAAGAGAUUCAGAGGAGGUUUCUUCAGAGCACAAGUAAAGCCGGCAGCCCCGCUCCCCUGUCCUCCUCCAGACAGUCCUCGCUCCAUUCCCCAAUGCCUGGGGCAGAGUUUCCCAAAGCUGCCAAAAUGUCAAUUCCUCAAAGGCCCAGGCUGGGCACAGGCUUCUCAGAAGGAGAAGAUAUCCUCUUCUUUGAUGGGGCUCCUCCUGCUCCAAAACCAAAGCUAGACAGCUUGGCAGAAGCCAAAAAGCUGGCUGCAAUACACCGACUACGAGCAAAAGGGCAGGUUCUUGCUAAAACUGACCCAAACAACGUCAAGAGGAAACGAGCUGAUGAUGCUGAUGUCCUAGAAAUCAUUGACAGAGUUGAGAAGAACGUUGCUCAGCCACAAGGUACAGAAGCAGAGAAUGAUAUGAAUGAACUGGAGCCUGCCCAAAAGAAACGGCGUGAGCAGCUGGCCUAUCUGGAGUCAGAAGAGUUCCAGAAAAUCCUGAAUGCCAAGUCCAAGCACACAGAUGUCCUCAAAGAGGUUGAGGCUGAACUGCAGGAGCAAUACUUUCAGCCACUGGUGAAAAAGGAAGAAUUGGAAGAGAAGAUGAGGAGCAUUAAAGAAGUGAAAUGUCGAGUUGUGACGUGUAAAACGUGUAAUUACACCUAUUUCAAGCCUCUGGAGACGUGUGUCCAGGAUAACCAUGACUACCACUUCCAUGAUGCUGUCAAGCGCUUUUUCAAAUGUCCUUGUGGAAGCCGAGCUAUUUCCCUUCACAGGCUCCCAAAAAAGCCCUGCAGUACCUGUGGCCUCUUCAAGUGGGAGCGGGACGGGAUGCUGAAGGAGAAAAAGGGUCCGAAGAUUGGUGGAGAAACACUUCUACCACGAGGGGAGGAACACCCAAAAUUCCUCAGUAGUCUUAAGUGACCUGAAGUUGAUUGUUUUUUCCACACCCUAAGGCUGGAUUUCUGUGCCUAAGACAUACACUUCUUUACUGGAAUGCUGAGAGGAUUCUGGUUUUAGGGCUGAAUGAGCUGGGGAAUCAAUUCCUGAUGAGGAGGACAUCCACAAAGUCUCUACCAGGCCACUGGGUGGAUAUUCAGCUUUGAUCUUUUUAAAACUGAAUCAGGCUCCAUCUGAAACACACAUUGUGCCUGUUCUUUCUCACUCACAACUUGUUCCCAGGAUUUAACCUAGGAAAUAGACAUCUAGAGUGGAAUUUGUACCAAGAAAUCCCUGUCAAUCCCACAAGUUAUGCUGAAUGGCUGGUGUAGAGUGACCUCGCUAGAAUGUGAAGUGACAAAUCAUCAUGAACUGGGAGGACUGUAGGUUCCAUGAGCACUUGUGUGGUUAAUACUGUGGCGUGUAAAUGCCAGCCUGUCACAGUUGUUCAAUUGUUGGCCAAAAAGGGGUGUGAGAGGGUUGUAGGCACAGAGCAGUCUUCAUUGGCUCCAAAAUUACUCUCUUUGAACCCUUAAGAGCAGAUAUCAAACAGUUCCCAAGAGGUCUCCUUGGUUUAUGUGUUAAAACCCCCUCCAGUGGCUUUGGCAUUGCCACCCAGUGGUGUUUACACUGCAGACUAGUGGGAGCUCUUUGGAAACCCCUUUCCCUAUCACACAGCCCAUAGUGAGUCUCCACCACCAUCCACACUACAGCAUCUUCAUGGCUGAAACUUGCAGCUCCCACUUUGGAAAGCAUUUUAAUGACUCUGGCCCUGGUUUGUGAGUGGUUUUAAAGAGCUGAGCAAUUACAUUUAAUACCUUUUACCUGGGUUUUGGCAUUUUAAAUUGUCCUGAAAUCUUUCCAGUCAUGGCCAAAGGGUGGCUCCUGAGAAGGGUUGUCUUCAUACAGGUGUUCUUCUGCAAGCACAUCACUGUAAGGAUGGAGACCUGGGGUGUUUGGCUUGUCUUGGACCUGAUCCUUCUGCUGCCCCAUAGGAUCAUAGGGUAUUUUUUAGAGCCUAAAACCAGGAGUACCUCAGUGAUUUGGUGAAACUGCCACCAACAGUCUCACAUGUCCCAGUGGCCUUGUUGGUACCUCUUCUGUUUGCUUCCACAGCAGCUGAAGAGAAAUAAGUUGCUUUAUUUGAAGCAGCUGAACAGGUUUACCUCAGUGUUCUGGUGCUUCUGCUGGGCACCCUGGCCCAGCACAUUGCAUUCAUGUCACUACCAGUUGGUGAGUGGGGUGUCACUGGUAGGUGACUUAACACGUAACUGUGGCAUUGCUUGGCAAUGGCUCCUGUUGAUUCCUCAUUCAGAAUAAACAGAGCGCGCAAUAAAAGGCUCCCUGGGUUUGCA